AUGCCCAACGCCUCCAACAAGUUUACAUCCACGGGCUCCACAGCGUGCGAUGAAUCAACCGUACCUGCCCGUGAGCCGGCGUGUGUGUCAACCGCGUGCGCGACCUCAUCGACGUCAGGCACAACGGCUGGCACGGCCGGCAGCAGUGCGAACACUACGGCGGCGGGGACGACUGCGCCGACGACGGCCAGCGAUGAUGAUGCUAACGACGAUAUCAACGACGACACUAGUGCGUCUUCGACCCCACGCCUUGCUGCGCUGGCUGCUGCUGCGAUCGGUAUGGCGACGGCUGUACUGCUGUAG